UACUCUACAGCAGGGAAGAAGAGACACACAGCAAGUUCCUCUAGCAUUCCAGCUCCAGAGAGUGGGGGGUUGCUGGUGUGGCCCUUCAUUCAACGUUGACUGUAAACCAAUCCUCAACUUACUCAACAGCUGUUACCUCCCACCACAGAGGAGCUCAAUGUCCGAGACACCACAUGGACUCCUGGCAGUGAACAGACCCCAGCACAGCACUGGAGCUCCAGUAAAGCCCUCACUCAGGAGCAGGUUAAAAUGGCACAGCGGAUUUUCCGACUGAGAGGUUGCUUUGGCUCUAAAGUUUACUCCGAGGUCCCAGAUGGUGGUUGGGGUUGGAUUGUGGCUGUGGCCUUUUUCCUGGUGGAGGUGUUCACUUACGGGGUUAUCAAAAGUUUUGGAAUCUUCCUCAAGGACCUAAUGAGUGACUUUGAUGAAACAAACAGCCGAGUAUCAUGGAUCAUUUCAAUAUGUGUCUUUGUUAUGACUUUCACAGCUCCUUUAUCAACAGUGCUGAGUAAUCGAUUUGGCUUCCAGCCUGUUGUGAUGUUUGGAGGGUUUCUCAUAUCUCUAGGCACAAUCUCAACUGCAUUUACCAGCUCCAUCAAUCAGAUGUACCUCACUAUUGGGUUUGUGACUGGACUGGGUUAUUGUUUGACAUUUCUACCAACCGUCACAAUCUUGUCCCAGUACUUCAGCAGGCGUCGUUCUGUGGUCACAGCCAUGGCAUCCACUGGAGAGUCAUUUGCUAUAUUUGCUUUUGCUCCAGCAUUCACAGCUCUUAAGAACUGCAUCGGCUGGAGGUACACAAUGGUGGUGAUUGGGACUUUACAGGGCAUAACUAUUAUCUGUGGAGCUUUGCUCCGUCCCAUCGUUAUAAAACCAACAUCUCAGACAGAAACUGAGCAGAAGAUCACAUAUUCCCUCCCUGGAGAACAAGUGCAAGGUUUUGGGAGCUCUGGAGAUUCAAUUGUACAGUCACCUGAGCCAGAACAGAGCCUCAAAUCUGGGAUAGAACUGGAAGAAGUGGAACCGCUUCAGAUCAAUCCAAAACAACAGGACAAUACAAGUAAAAAUAGGCUCCUGGAUUUGACAGUGCUAAAAGAAGGCAGUUUUUUGUGUUAUUCAGCAUUUGGGCUCUUUGCAACAUUGGGCUUUUUUGCGCCACAGCUGUACGUGGUGGAGCUCAGCGCCAGUUUGGGAACCGAGAGGGACAAGGCUGCCUAUAUGCUGUCAACAAUGGCCAUCUCAGAGAUCUUUGGACGUCUCUCUAUUGGAUGGGUCAUGAAUUGUGGAUGCAUCAGGAAGAUCUUUGUUCUUCUCAUAUGUGUGUCACUGAUGUGCCUGGUGCUGGUGUUGUUCACCAUAGUAAAUGGCUUUUGGGGACUGGUGGUGUGCUGUGUGCUUUAUGGCUUCUUGCUCGGAAAUAUCGCUUCCACACACAUCCCAAUGCUGGCAGAGGAUGACGUUGUAGGAAUCCAGAGGAUGCCCUUAGCUGUUGGCGUCUACGUCUGCAUUCAGAGCUUUGCAGGACUGGCUGGUCCACCAUUAGGAGGUGUCCUUGUGGAUAUUACACAAAACUACAGUGCUGCAUUCUACUCCUGCGCUGCAGGAAUGGGAUUAGGUGCCAUUUUCCUUGGGCUUGUACGUCCAGCCAAGGCAGGCCAUCUUUGCACAAGGAGGAACAAUGGAGAGACUAACUCUGCUGUGGAGCAAGUGUCUAAAGACAAGCCAGAGGAACAGGGUAACCAAGAAGCUAAGUCUUAAAAAUAUGGAACAUUAGGAACUAUCAAACCUGUUGAUGUAAUAGGAACAUUUUUCAAACUGAAUGUACAGGAACUUUGGCCACGUUAUAAUUCAUGAGCAUUGGGUAAAGGUUUUUCACCCAAAAUGAAAAUUCUUUCAUGAAUGACUUAGAAGAACCAAUAAUGUUCUCUUUUUGUUUGUCAUGCAAAUACGGAUGGUCUUCAUUUAACUACAUUUAUUGUGGUUUAAGUGUGUUUUAAUUAAUGUUUAAAUGUAAAGAAAAGUUUCAUUAAAUUAUUGUAGUUCUUAUUCCAAAAAUAAAACAAAAUUUGACAUGACAGUGUACAUAAUGACAGAAAUGCCAUAUUUGGAUGAACCAUUCUUCCCUUCUUGCACGUGAGAUUGUUGUUCAUACACUGAUUUUAUAAAUAUGACUAUUAUACAGUAAUAUACGAUGACAUACAAACAUCAUUUGGAAUGAUUCUAAACACUGGUACUCUGUUCUAGAAACAGAAGAAAGAUCUGUAACAGGAAACCACAUUUUGGUGGUUUUAGAAAUUAUUGCCAAUGUCUAUGGAUGCUUAUAGCCACUGAUGGCUAAAACAUUGUCCAAAGAUGUUUAAACUCAAUGAAAACAAAAUCUAAAUUGAAAAGGGAUUUAAUAUAUACAGUUGAAGUCAGAAUUAUAAGCCCCCUUUGAUUUUCUUCUUUUUUAAAUAUUUCCCAAAUGAUGUUUAACAGAGCAAGGAAAUUUUCACAGUAUGUCUGAUAAUAUUUUUUCUUCUGGAGAAAGUCUUAUUUGUUUUAUUUCAGCUAGAAUAAAAGCAAUUAAAAAAAUUUUAACAGCCAUUUUAAGGUCAAAAUUAUUAGCCCCUUUAAGCAAUUUUUUUUUCCGAUAGUCUACAGAACAAACCAUCGUUGUACAAUAACUUGGAUAAUUACCCAAACCAGCCUUGUUAGCCUAAUUUACCCAGUUAAGCCUUUAAAUGUCACAUUAAGCUGUGGUCACACUGGGCUUUGUGUAUGCGAAAUUCUGUCGUACGGCGCUACGAAAAGGGGCGGGAUAAAACAAGAUAAUUAGACAUUAAAAAAAGCGAGCGAUUGCUCCAUGUUUUACAUUUCUGUCCAGAGAGGUCCUGUUUUAAUCCUCGAUUGCUCUCACGCAGUCAAGUGAUGCGAUUUCGCAGGUCAGAGUUCACCAAGCUUGAACUUUGCACCGUAGCGAACUGCGAAACUUAACGCAUGACCCUGCGUUUGCGGUCUGACGCAUUCGCGUGCGUAUGAGUGGAAGUCUAUGGGAGGAAAAGCCCAGUGUGACCGCAGCUUCAAGCUAUAUAGAAGUGUCUCGAAAAAUAUCUAGUCAAAUAUUAUUUACUGUCAUCAUGGCAAAGAUAAAAUUAUCAGUUAUUAGAAAUGAGUUAUUAAAACUAUUAUGUUUAGAAAUGUGUGGAAAAAAUCUCUCCGUUAAACAGAAAUUAGGGAAAAAAUAAACAGGGGGGCUAAUAAUUCAGGGGGGCUAAUAAUUCUGACUUCAACCUUAUAUAUAUUUAUUAUUAAACAGUGAUAAAUUGCUCUUUAUGAAUUCAGGUCUAGCUGAUCUCAGGUCAACUUUCAGCCAGUAUACUAUGGGACCUGUCUCUGAACUAAAUGCUAAAGCCAGGUAAACUACAGUAUUUUUAUUAAUCCUAGCAGUCUGUUUAGGGUGUUGUUUGGUCUUCCAAUCAUCAUAAUGGUUCCUCAACUGUAGAUGAGAUUUGAAUCUCUGUUAUAUAGAGAGAAUUGUAAAUUCAAAGCAUUACAGAGCACAGACUGAUGGAACUGUGCAAAGUAGAAGAAGGAUGUCCAAAAUAAUGCAAUGGCAAAUUCAAAUUUGAAUGUUUCUUACGAAUGAAGACCGUCUCAUCAUUUACAUCUCUUGGAAAAACUGUAUUGUAAUUUUACUACUGGAAAAGAAUUGUAUUUGUUGUAUCUUCAGUGGAAUGUGAUUUAAAUAUGCAAUGAUCUCUUUUGUUUCUGCACCAUAUAAUUUUUUAUAACCAUCUUUGAAUCAGACUGAAAUAUAAAUACACACCUUUUA